UUGCGUAUGCAUGGAUGAAAGAUUAUCUGUUGACAAAUAAAGUUUUAAUAAAUGACUGCUUAAAUAAACGAAUAGUAAUAUUAAAGCUAUAAGUUUAAUUCAGUGAUUUAUAUAGAUAAUACACUUAAUAUUUGAGAGUGAUUUGGAUUGUAUGUGACCUUUCGAAUUUUCAGGAUUACCUACUAUUCCUAUAUAAUUCAAUAUGUUUAACUGCUGUUGAAAUUAUUCAUCAGUACCUAUCGACCUAUCCUGACACUCAUUUAAAAUUAAUUUGUGAAAUAAAUAGUAUUGAUUAUUAAUGAACCAUCCAGCUAUGAAUUCGGCAACGCCAGCUGUGCCACAGGUCCCGCUGCUUGAUGAUGACACCAUCGCAUUUGGUGAAGAGGAUAAUGCUAAUAAACAGUUUGUCCAUCCCUACAUAGUGUUCUUCCACCUGGUGUUCCGAUGCUCUGCGAUAAUUGUGUACAUCCUGUGUGGGUGGUUCUCCGACUCAUUCAUUGCAAGCUUCGUAUUAGUCAUUCUACUGCUGUCUGCAGACUUCUGGACUGUGAAGAAUAUUAGUGGUCGGUUACUAGUUGGACUGAGGUGGUGGAACUAUGUGGACGACAACGGCAAGUCGCACUGGGUGUUCGAGGCCCGUCAGAGCCGGGUCAACAGGAACGAGAGCCGCCUGUUCUGGAUGGGCCUGACGCUGUGCCCCUUGGUCUGGUCCACUUUCUUUAUAUUCUGCCUUUUCGGACUCAAGUUCAAGUGGAUGCUACUAGUAUUGAUCGCCUUGACUCUAACAGGCGCUAAUCUCUACGGUUACAUAAAGUGUAAAUUCGGAGCGAAAGAGAGCCUCAAGUCAGCGACCACAGAGUUCAUGAAGCAGCAGAUAUUCCAAAACGCACCUGCCUUUAUGUUCUCGCAACCCACGCCGCCCAAUGCUGGCAACACUGGUGUCGUUUGAACAAGAUUAACGAGGAUGUAUAUGUGUAGGAAUGAUAUUUAAAUAAUAAAAUUGUAUUGUUUUCUCAAAUUUCACAUUCCCUAUGUUUUAUUUCAGUCCUUCGUUUCGUUAUUACUAUUUAUGUAUAAAGUUAGUGUGACUUAGAAUACUAUUGUAUGUAUACUUAGAAUAUUGUAGUUUCAAAUAUAUUAAAGAUUUCAAUUAAGAUAUUAAUAAAAAUAAAACAAAAACAUUUACAAAUACAACUUCAAAUGUCAAAUAAAAAGCAAACAAUUGUAUUCAUUUUCUAAAUUAUCCUUCUUAACUGGUAUUUCGUUUAUAUUUUGUAAGUAUUUAUUUACUAUAAAAACUAAAAAUAUAGAUUAUAAAAUGCAGUAGGUACCUAUCAAGUUCUGAUUUGAACUUGGCUUGGCUUAGUGAAAUAAAAUAUACAAGAAAGUGUC